AGACCAUUGGAUUAAUCAAACGGCGAAUGCGUAGAGAUGGGCAGCUUCGGUUCUCUUCAGGGUCUCUUGUUCAGGCUCUGAUUCGCCUAGAGCGCGCGCACCUUGCUUGAUAGUAGACGAAGAGAGACAUUGAUCUCAGGUCAUAUCCUUAGGGGCACCUCCAACAAUGGCGACGACUACCGCGGAGCCAUCGGAUGCAGAACCUCCAUUAUCAUCAGGCGCCAAUCCCAUAAGCACCAAGCUGAAAACCCUAGAUGAAACGACGCCAUUCGUUGAUUACGCCGUCCACCAAGCCCAGCUCUACGAGAAGGCCUUGAACAACGCCCUCGAUUCUGCUAUUGAUUCUUCCAAAUCCCGGCUUUCUCAGAUUCGUUUCACAUCCUCGGCGCAUUUUCAUCAGGUCUUGGGUGCUUUGCAUGAUCUCAAGUCUGACUAUAAUGCUUACGAGGAACUUUUAUUUGGAAAGAUUAAAGAGGGUGUUCGUGUUGCAGCUUCUCAUCCAAUCAUUACUUGUGGGGCUACUGCUGCGUUGAGUUUUCUUGUACUUAAAAGACCUCGCCAAUUCAUGUACCACAAUGCACUGCGCCUUUUUGUUAGUGAAGAGGCCUUGAUUAAUAGAGUUAAUAUGCAAGUGAGAGAAUUGCGGCAAUUGGUUGAAUCUUUGAGGGCUGAAAGUGAAAAGUUAGAGAAGAGGGCAUUACAUGCAGAAGAGGAAUUCUUACAUGGAAGAACAAAGCUGAGACAAGCUGGGAAACAAAUCCGAAGUGUGAUUCAAUCAGCAUAUAAAAUUGAAAGAAAGGCAGGAGGCUUAAAAGAUUUCCUUGGAGAGCUUCCUAAAAGAGAAGCAUCUCAUUUCCGGUCACAGGUUUCCAAGCUUGCUUCCGAAGCAAAGAAAGAAAAGAAUACCUUGACCAAGGAGGUCUCAAAAAUUAGCAACUAUGGCAUCUCGGUUUGACAAAAUUUUACAUUAACCUUCUCUUAUUGGAUAGGCAAUUAGGUUUCCAAAUGAGAUCACCGUCAGGAAUAAUUCAAUCCCUUCUCUAUUUUUAUAUUUCACAGAUUUUCUUUUGUUGUAUUUCUUUUGGGAGUAGGGGUAUGCUUUUUGUUGUUAAUCGAGAUCUCCUCCCUUUUAUCAGACAAAUUCAUCUUGAAGGACAAAGGGAUUAAGGGAAAAAUGGGAAACAUAAGAAGCACGCGUUGAUGUUGUAUACAAACUACCUUGAUACUUGAGAUUGAUCUAAAGGGAUUAGUUUCAGUGCUCAUCAAAGCAUCAUGGUGCUUAAUGGGAUUUA